AUGCCCCUCCCACAGUACACCUACAACGGUCCAAUCGACCACACUAUCAUCCCUGAUCGCCACAACGUCAAGGGAAAAUCAGUCAUUAUCACGGGCGGUGCCAAUGGCAUGGGCGAGACAUGUGUGCGAGCCUUCGUCGCAGCCGGUGCUUUUGUUACGUUCGGCGAUGUCAAUGCCAGGGGCAAAGACAUCGAGAAAGAGCUGAAUGCAAACGGCGCGUGUUGUACGUUUGUGGAGUGCGAUAUCAGGGACUGGAAUCAGCAGAAGGCAAUGUUCGAGACCGCCAAAAGCCAAAGUCCUUCCAAAAGCGUAGACAUCGUCAUUGCGAACGCUGGUAUUAGUCGAAGUUCGGGGGACAGCCUAUGGAAUCUGGAUGAUCCAAAUGGAGAGCCGGUCAAGCCUAAUCUCAAUAUCGUUGAUGUCAACCUCAAGGGCUCCUUCUACACAUGGAAACUCGCAGUGCACUACUUCAGACAACAGCCAGAAACCGACGACAGGGACAGAUGCUUCAUUAUCACAGGAAGCAUGGUUGGAUGGAUCGACUCCCCUGGGAAUUGGGAGUACACCUCUACCAAGUACGGUCUCCAUGGGUUCAUGAGAACUGCCAGACGCUCUAGUUGGGAGCAAGGCAUCCGGAUCGUCUACGUAGCUCCGUGCUGGAUCAAGAGUGCGAUUCGUACUGCCGAGUAUGAAAAAUGGUUGAUUGACCACGGAGUCGAAUUUGGGGAGCAAGAGGAUGUUGCCAACUGCAUGAUGAGAGUUGCUUGCGACAAGUCUAUCAACGGACGCUCGUUGAUGAUUACACCAAGAACUGUUGCGAAGGAGGGCUACAUGGAUAUUGACCGAGACGACUACAAGGAUGUUCCAGAAGACCGAUACCUAGACAAGGUGCAGAAGGCUCAACUAGUCAUAAUCGAGGACAAAUGGAGAGACGAUUACAAGGUUAGAGUGUACAAAGAUUAA